AUGACAGGUAUAUCACAGAUCUACAAUGAAUUUCUGUGGGGAAUCGAACCGCCGACCGGACCACCUCGACCAUUCGGACGUUAUCCUUCCACGAGCAGAAGCCUCUCCCCUGCCCUACGUUGCGUCUUGGAAUUUCAGACCAUCGAAAACCUUAUUUUCGACAUCUGCCCCAAAAUGGAAACAUCGUUUCCCCACACCUCUUCGUCGCCGAACUGUCCCACCGUUCACCACUCUCCCGAAAAGUCCACUAUAACCAUCGAUGCUGAAAAACAAGUCAACCCAUGGGAUAGCUACGAAGAGGAUGAAAUGCCCGAAGAGACUCAGCCGCACCUCGUACGCAACCUACGGUUACAGGCCUUCUCUAUUUACCGCCGCCUAUUCUCAGUCGCGUUCUUAACGGACAUGGGUAUCUUCAUUUCGUACGCAAUCCGCAGCUAUCAGACUGCACUGGUCGCGGUGGCGAAUAUCUUUUUCGCUAUUCUCAUGAGGCAUGAACGCGUUAUAAACUCAAUUGCAUGCUCUGUUCCUCAGUCGUGGCCGUUCUUCAUUCGUCCGACUGCUGCGAGAGUGUGUCAUAAUGGAGGCAACCAUUCGGGAGCUGCUGCUGUUUGA